UGCGAUGGAGUGUGGUCGCCUCUUGUUUAACUUUUUUGCGUGUUCACAAUGUCGUCAAAUAGGAAACGUGUGUUUAUGAUUAAAGAAAUGUUGAAGAAAUUAGAGGAAAUGCUACAGGGCGUCUCUACAAUUACCAAUACAUCGUAGACAUCAGGUCUAUCCUCUUUUGAAAUCUGACAUGCAAAAACUAGCCAAAGAAUCUAAAAUGGACAAAUUUCUCUUUGGAAAAACAUUCAUGGAGAAAUGUAAAAUUAAUCAAACUAUAGAUAAAUCUGCAGUAGAGCUGCAGGUGAGUAAAGUUCCUGUAAGCAGCCAAAUCUUUAAUAGGAGCCAUUUAAACUGGCAGCGCCCCAAAACAUCCGUACGUUUUCGGAAGAGUCAGUUUCUACUAAACAAGAGAAAGGAUCCUCGAAUACAAGAGAGAAACAGAAAUCAAUGGAGAUCAUCGGGAGGGAACCUAGCCAGAUACAAUUAGCGAAACCGACAAAUUCAGUAGAGGUAAAUGUUAACAGUAUUGCUUUAUUUGCCGGUAGACUAAAGUAUUUUCAAAAACCUUGGAAAUCUAUAACGAAUGACAGAUUUAUUCUGAGCUGUAUAACUGGCUACCGUUUACCAUUUUUUCAUACUCCUAAACAGU